ACCAAAACAAACCAGCGGAAGCAACAACACUUUUUACAUCGUCGUUGGUUUUUGCUAUAUUUAUAAAUUAAAAAACCAUGAAUUUGAAGUAUAAGCGCCGUUACGACAGCCUCAAACGCUCCAUUAAGAGUUAUCUGCUGGAGAACGCUUCACUCACCGAUGAGAUUUGUCACCUCCAGGCCGAGUUAUCUCGGUCCAGGAGCCAGAGGCUUUACCUGAUUGAACGCCUGAUGUUUCACGAGGGUCUGGAAAAACCAAACAGCUCUCGGUCGAGUGUUACCAAUGGAAAAAUUGAGACUACUGAGAAUAGUGGAGGAACGAAGAAAAACAAACCGGUGGUUGUGCAAAAGAAAUCCAACGAUGAUAAGGCCAAAAGUGUGGCUAUCGUACGGAAAAAGAAGUCUGCGUUUCCCAUGAACUUGAACAGCAUAUUGCUGCACUCUCUGGGCGAGAUAAUAUCGGUGAACCCCAACUUUCACAACGAGAGUUGGAUCUAUCCGGUUGGCUAUGUGGCUACCAGGAUCUACGCGCAUCCAAAGGAUCCGCGCAAGAAAUGCGUGUUCACCUGCAAAAUUUUGAAUAAUGCGGGAAUCCCCCAGUUUCAAAUAAUUCCCGAUAAUGAUUUGGAUGGAGUGUUCUUUGGGGAAAGCGCCAACACCUGUCAUAUGGAACUUUUGAACACCAUCCAGAGAUCGCCCAAUGUAAAAGUUAAGAUUCCCUUUGAGGUCCAAGGAGAGGUUUUCUUUGGUUUGUCGAAUCAGAAGACCCAGUCGCUGCUUAUGAUAGAUCCUGGUUUUCCCCAGUGUACCAAUUUCAAAAGCUUCGCCGUACCAAAUAGUAAAUCUAUAAAUAAUGCCUCAAUAUCCUUCGAGACACUUCAGGCGUUUCUUACAUGAUAAAGAGUUUUUGGUCCUACUUUACAUAUAUAGUAGGAUUUCUAGAAGCCCAUAUACCCUAGUUUAUAAGUCCCAUAGAUGCAUAUUUUUAAGAAUAAAUAUUAUUAUCACUUCAUAUAAAA